GGAGGGUGAGUGGGAUGAGGGUGGUGGGGAUUUAGCCACUGCUGUGUUGGUCGAGAGGUGUAUGAAGUGUGGGAGGCACAUAGAGGGCAGGAGUUUACAUUAGGAGAUGUCAGUGUGUGGUGGGGAAGGAAAACUUGGGUGGGUGUCACCAAGAGGUCCCCUGCAGAGCAGUGGCAGAGCGUUGUGCUGUCACAGUGUACCUGUCAGAGGGACAGUUGCUGGCAGCUGUAACCUCUGAGGGCUGCAUUGGGCUUCUGCUUAAACGCUGACUGCUGGCUGAUGUCUGAGCUGGGGAUGAGCUCUCUAAUCUGAGCAGAUUCUGAGCAAUGUAACAAGUGCUGUGAGUCCAAGUGUUAGACUCCACUGAGGCACACUGAUAGCUCAGCCUUGCUGCUGCGCUUCUGGAAAGAACCUGUGCUCUAAACUUCACAGCAGGAAACAUGAGACACCAUGGAGGAAAGGGUGACGCAUCAGAAAAGGAAGACAAGUCUUUUGGGGAAGAGUGUAUUAAACAGAACCGUAUAUGAGUAGCACAGGGGAAAAAAAAGUCAAAAUUAACCAGGAGUCAUUAAUUUCAGCAGAUUUUUGAGUUCAGCUCUUACUUCUCUAACAAAAUCAACACUGUUGGAUUGAUACAGAUUUAUAUUGUAUUUUACGUAACAGAAUACAAAUACAUUUUGAAGGAGGAGGUAGCAAGCUUGCAUGCUAAUUUUAAAAACCAUGAUACCACUUUCUAAAUUUAAAUCCCCAAUCCCUUAAUUUCUGACUGUCUUAAAGGCUUUCUCAGUUUCAUGCUUGAACAGAAGGUGUCUGGUGCUUGUGUGAGGCUGAGUGCCUCGAGGAGCUGCGAAUGGCUGGGGCUCGAGGAGCUGCAGGGCUGGUGUACAGCUGCAGCUUGGCUUUGUGUGAUGGUGCAGUGAGCUCUUAAGGGGGAAUACACGUAGUGGGUUAAACAGAUUUCACUUAGGGCCGACUUCUUUUACAUGCGGAAGAAUAAGCUGGUGGCUGCCAAUUACUAGUUAGAUACUGUUUAAUGAGAUUUGCACUUGAGUGUUUAGGAAGGAUGUCUGAUGCUUAUCUGUGUUCAUGGGGCGGAGCUGAAGCGAUGAUGGGCCACAGAAACUAAACAGAAGUGAUUUUUCACUUGGGCUGUUUGCUGCACGGUAACCACCAGCCUGCCAUCCCAGACUAUCAUCUGUAGGUACCCUCAGGUCUGGAAUGCAAACAGCAGGCUUUAAAAAAACAAACACUAAUACUUCUGGUUUUCCAAACAAGGCAUGGGCGUCCUCUCUCACCAGCAGGAAGUACAGGGAGAAGUGCACUGAGGGCAUCAGCAAGCUUCUGCAGAAGCUGAGAGGGAGGCUGGCACGCUUGUAUGUGGUCCAGGCUCUUCUUUCUCCAGUAAGGGCAUGUUUUGGAAGGCUUGUGAGCUGUUCUCCCCUGCCAGGGUUCAUCUUCUGCUUGUAGGAAGCAUUGAAAGUCACCGGCUGUGGUGAGGAUUCAGAAUGGGAGACAAGCCUAUCUGGGAGCAGAUUGGGUCCAGCUUUGUACAACAUUACUACCAGCUUUUUGAUGCAGACAGGACUCAGUUAGGAGCAAUAUAUAUUGAUGCAUCAUGCCUUACGUGGGAAGGACAGCAGUUCCAGGGCAAAGCAGCUAUCGUUGAAAAACUCUCUAGCCUUCCUUUCCAAAAAAUACAACACAGCAUCACAGCACAAGACCACCAACCUACACCUGACAGCUGUAUACUCAGUAUGGUAGUGGGACAGCUUAAGGCUGAUGAAGAUCCUAUCAUGGGAUUCCACCAGAUAUUUCUAUUAAAGAACAUCAACGAUGCCUGGGUUUGCACCAAUGACAUGUUCAGGCUAGCAUUGCACAACUUUGGCUGAGCUGGCGACCCCGAGGCACCUGUUCUUUUUUUUCCUCCUCUCCUCUUACUGAUAUUAUUCACACUCACAGAACAUUCCAAAUAUCAUACACAAACCUGCAGCACUGCAGAGCGCGAGCAAGCAAGAGCUGUGACCUGCCCUUCUGCUGAGUUUACAUUGUCACUAGAUGAGUUCCUUGUGCAUGAUGUUUGGAAGUUAGUUAGCUGCAUUUGACAAGAGAAAUUUGUGUUGUACCAGCAUGCCUCGGAAAGAAUUUAAAAUGCAAAAGGUUGUUGUUUCUGUACUGACAAGAUGCUCUAUAACCCAAAGAAUUGAAAGAACAGCAGCCUGUACAGCCCAGAUACCGAUUUGUUCAGAUGUUUCAAUGCUACAUUACACAAUAAAAACAUGAGAUUUUUCUUAACAGUUUAAA